AGGGUUAGGUUUAGGAAUAAAAUCAUUUGGAUCCAGGUACAUUUUUAAAUAGACUACUUAAAAUGUAUCUGGUAAAUUCAACAACAAAACUGUUGAAACCAGUGCAAACCCUUUUCUGCGAGUGUGACAUGUAACAUUAAACCACACACACGGUCGCCACAAUUAGCUUGCAUCUUCCCUCCCGAGAGAGAGAGAGAGCGAGAGAGCAAGAGAGAGAGAGAGAGUGGAGGAGCAGCCAGUUGUUCUUCACUCCCUGCUUUAAGUUGAGAGGCAGACGUUCUUGGCUUGGACGCCGCGCUCAUGUCAGGAUUAGGAGCCGGGGACGCGGGACACACCGGUGAUCUGCAGGUCCUAAUUGAGCGACCCCAGCCAGAUUCGCUCCCUGGUCAGCUGUGAAAAACUCAUCUUUCGAAGUUGACCUGACUACCGUCUUUCGGCAUCAUGCAUCUUCUGGCUGUACUGUGCCUCUUGCUGCUCCUCCGGUCCGCCGAGCCCCGGAGAUGCCCAAGGUCCAGCGCCAUGGAAACAGGAAUCGACGAGUGGAUUCGGGGUAAAGGAAGGGCUGGCGUCGUGAGGCGCCAAACACAGGAAUGCAAGGAGUACAUAGAAGCGGGAGAGAAGUACCUGGAUUGCCAAGAUAGACAGUUGACCACCGUGAUGCAAGACUGGCCCAAAGAUAUCCACCACCUGCUACUGGCCAGGAAUAAAAUCCAGGUUCUGAGGGACAACAUGUUCUCCCAGUUCAGUCAACUCAAGAGCCUGGACCUUCAACAAAAUGACAUUUCCAUGGUGGAAGACCGAGCGUUUAAUGGACUUUCCAAACUCAGGACGCUUCUACUGCAACAUAACAGCUUGAAAACAGCCUCCGAGGAGGUCCUCCUCCCCAUGCCCCGCCUUACCUACCUCCGUCUCUACGACAACCCCUGGAACUGUCACUGCCCGUUGGAUAGUCUACUUAGGACGCUGCAGGUGCCUAGUAACCGCAACCUGGGCAAUUACGCCAAGUGCGCGGAACCUCUUUCGCUGAGGGGCCAGAAGCUGAGGAAGCUGAACGUGGACUCGUUGUGUGCAGGUGACAACCAGGUGGAUGAGACUCAACUAAAACCACCUAUGAAAAAACCAAUGGCCACAUCCAUGUGCCACACCUACAUGUUUCCCAAACCUCUGCUGGACUGCAGCUAUAAAGGUAUGAGCAACGUCCCAUCCGACCUGCCUUCCGACAUCGUGAAAAUGGAUCUAUCCGGCAACAACAUCAAACAUCUCAGGCCCAAGCAGUUCCUGCAUUCCAAAGACCUCAAGAUGCUCAACCUCAGCAGCACCAGCCUGAAUCAAAUAGACACAAGUGCGUUCGCAGGGCUGCUUUACCUUCGCGAGCUGGAUCUUUCCAACAACAGCCUUCACUACUUCCAGUAUGGCGUCCUGGAGGACCUCUACUUCUUGCGUAAGCUGUCUCUGGGCAACAACCCGUGGAUCUGCGACUACAACAUCCACUACUUGAUCUACUGGCUCAAGCUUCACCCCGGCGUCGCCCACACGGGCCUCAUCUGCGCCGAGCCGGAGGAGUUCCGGGGCUGGCGCGUGGCCGACUACGUCAAGACCUACAACGGGGAGUGUCCCAAGGAUGUACAGACAGGGGGGUUCAAUGGGGGACAAGGGGGGACAGAGAAUGAGGCGCAAGAGUUGGUGGCCGAGACGGAGGAAGGGUUCCGGCUGAGGCCUUUGAAAGAUCGGAGGGUGAAAAAGUUUGAGAUCAUCCGGUUGAGUUAA